AUGUGGGACAUUACAGAGCCUUUCAAGUCCUCUCAGGCUGAUGAAGCAGUAGAAGGUGAGGAGCAUGUGCUGUCCCAUGCCCCUUCUCAGCAGCAGCCUCUGCUGUCGCUAGCCUACCCUCCUCAUGCUGACUUGUCCCUGAGCUUGGUCAUCGUGUCGGUUGAUGUGUCUGCCAGGCAGAGCGGGACUGAGAAGGGUUUGCCGACUUCCCUGGGGGACGGCCAUGGCCUGAAGGUUGGGAUUAUUGGUAUUAUUGGUGGGGGCUACCUUGGGAAGCAGCUGGCCCAAGCGCUCCUGACACUGAGCUGGGCUCCGUGCCCCAGUAGCUGUGUUUCCACUAGGCGCCCUGAGAGCCUCGCAGACCUGCAGAAGCAGGGGCUCGCGUGCCUUUACGACAACACUCAGCUGGUGGCCUGGGCUGACGUUGCGUUCCUCUGCUGUCUUCAGUCGCACGUGCCGUCCAUCUGCUUUGUCAUUCGGCCUGCCAUCCAGAAACCGUCCGUUGUGUACAGCCUCGUCACCACCGUCCCUCUCCUCAGGUUGAAGCAACUCCUUCGCCACAGUGCCAUCGUGAGGCCGCAGUACCAGUGCUCCGGCCAGGAGCCUGUCGAUGGGCGGGGGGCGAAGGGGACAGUCCAGGGGAAAAUAGAAGUCAAUGCUGAAUGGCUGGUGGCCAUUUUCUACGCAGCCCUGAACAGCAGCACGUGGCAGUGCCUGCCUCACCAGAAGGCACUGGAAUUACUCAGUGACCUCUGUUUUCCUGAACGCUGCCCCAUCUGUGCAGGGCGGAAAACUUGCGGCCCACGGUUUGUGUGCAAGAAUUUUGUCAACAAAGGUUUUGCCUCUUCAGUGACUCAAGAGGAAAACUUCCCCUGGUUUGACCUGACAGCUGCACAACUGAGAGAGUGUCCCUUUAGCCAGUUGCUAGAGCGAAAUGGCACCGGACAAGCUCACGCUUUUCUAAUCCUCUAA